AAAGGAGAAGGAAACCCUACGCAUUGCAAUUCGCGAGGUGGACUGGAAGAUCACGAACGCGCCUCGCUUCGAAUCUACUUUAGGGGUUUUCUUCUCUCUGCUCUGUUUCUUUUGGAUACGUUUUCUUGCAAUUCUUGGUUUCGCGGUGGUGAUUGCUGUAGCAGAUAUUCUCUUCUUUGAUUAUGAGGACGCGAAAAGCCGACGCCGACGCCGAGAAAUCUGGAGACGCCAAAAAGACGCCUCCACCGAAGAGAGGUGCUGCCGCCAAAGCAGCAGCGACGCCCAAAUCGACCCCGAAAUCUGGAGGCAGAAAAGUGGGGAGAAGGCAGUCAGCGGGCAAAGCUGCUACUUCUACCCCGGUUUCUGUGACCCCUGACCCUAAGCUGGAACCUGAAGUGGUGGAGUCGGAUACUUCUCCUUCCCCAGAUGAGAAGAAACCAGAAGAAGUUACUCUAGAGGAGUUUGCGGAUGUAAGGGAGGAAACCUCGUUGGAUCAGAAGGCUGCUGUAGCAUCUCCUUUGAUAGAUGAGGUGGCUGUGGAAGAGUUGGCUGAUGAAAAAACUUCACCGGCUUCUGUAGCAGCUCCUUUGAAGUAUGAGUUGUCUGUGGAAGAAAUGGCCGAUGGAAAGGGGAAAAGUUCACCGGGCGAUAAGCUUUCCGUAGCAGCUUCUUUGAAUGCUGAGGAGGCUGUGGAAGUGUUGGCAGUGGAACCUGAAGCUGAGAAGAGGAAGGAGGAAGAAGAAAAAGAGAAAGGACACACAAUUGAGGUGACACAAUUAGAUGCAACGGACACAGGGGAUAACACUUACAUGUUGAGUAAAGAAGAUUCUACUGUUGUUGUUGUUGAUCAGCAGAUGGAGGAGGAACUGGUUCAGGAAGUGGAAUUAAAUCUGGAUGAGAUAAAUGAGCCUGCUGGAGAUGAAUUGGCGUACAUGGAAGGAGAUGCCAGAAACGUGACAGGGCAGGGCGCUACUACUGCACUGAAAGAGGAAGAAGAGCCUCAAAUUGAGGAGGAUGAGCGGAUGGAAAUCUCUGACAUGGUUCAAAGGAGAAAGAUGAAAAAAGAGCAGGAGAUAUUUGUUGGGGGCUUGGACCGUGAUGCGAUUGAAGAGGAUUUAAAAGUGGCUUUUGAGAAGGUCGGAGAAGUUGUAGAAGUCCGUCUUCAUAAGGAUUUUGCUACUAAUAAGAACAAGGGGUUUGCUUUCAUAAAGUUUGCCAACAAGGAGCAGGCUAGCCGAGCAUUAUCUGAAUUGAAAAAUCCUAUUGUACGUGGCAAGCGAUGUGGUACUGCACCCAGUGAAGACAAUGACACUCUAUUUCUAGGGAAUAUCUGCAACACAUGGACAAAAGAAGCUAUCAAGCAAAAACUAAAGGAUUAUGGAGUGGAAAGAGUCGAGCAUAUUACUCUUGUUUCGGACACUCAAAAUGAGGGACUAAGUCGUGGAUUUGCUUUCUUGGAGUUCUCUUGCCAUGAGGAUGCAAUGCUAGCUUAUAAACGUUUACAAAAGUCAGAUGUUAUAUUUGGCCAUCCUGAUAGGACUGCCAAAGUGGCUUUUGCUGAGCCAUUACGUGAGCCAGAUCCAGAAGUCAUGUCUCAAGUUAAAUCGGUCUUUGUCGAUGGUCUGCCUCCAUUUUGGGAUGAAGAUAAAGUCAAAGAGCAAUUUAAAGAUUUUGGAGAGAUUGAAAAAGUUGUGCUGGCAAGGAAUAUGUCAACUGUCAAAAGGAAAGAUUUUGGAUUUGUUAAUUUUACUUCUCACGAAUCGGCUGUUGCUUGUGUUGAAGGUAUAAACGACACAGGAUUGACUGAUGGGAAAAUCAAGAUGAAAGUGAGGGCUAGGCUUGCAAAUCCAUUGCCCAAAACUCAAGCUGUAAAAGGUGGGAUGAGUGGUGGCUAUCGUAUUGGCUACACUGGUUUUGGAGCUUACUCUAGGUUUGGUAGAGGGUUUGGUAGGGGUAGGUUCCCUUCUUUCAGAGCAGGCUUUCAAGGUGGAAGAGGUGCUAACUUUCAUGGACAUGGUAGGGGAGGAAGGUUUUCCUUUGAAGCUGAUAGUGGUUUGGAAGGAUCUUCUGAAUUCCACUUCAGGAGGCCCUUUGGAAGUCGAGGUGGUAGGGGUUUUCCUACAUCAGGAAGACAUGAUAUCUUUAGAGGCCAGGGCCAAGCCUUUUCAUCUAGAAGACCAUUUCUAUCAGUGGGUGAAUUUGGCAGACCUUUUGGUGGUAGCUAUGUUAGUGAAGACCCUUAUUUAUAUGGAGAUGCAGGACAUAGUAUGAAACGACCAUUUUCUAUGACGGAACAUGAUUCUGAGUAUAUGGAAUAUCAAAAUAGGGUUCGCCCUCGUUAUGACUACCCUGAUUCAAUGCAUGAUGGAGCUCGUUACAGAGAUUUUGGAAUGGGUGGUUUCUAUGGACACGAUUACUAUGGUCCAAAUUACAAUGAUGGCACGUAUCCAUCAUAUGGUGGUGCACACUUUGGGCGUGGUUACUAUUACUGACUUGCAAUGUUGUGUAGUAAUUUGCGGAUGAUGAAUUGAAUGCGGCAAGGAUCUGUGUAGAAGCUGACAAUCUUAGUUUAUUGGCUUCGUAGUAGUUAUAGUCUAUAUAAACUAUCUAUUUUGGUCGUGGGCUAGAUAUUUAGCACUGUUUCUUUGUUUGUUCCUUUUGUGAAACUGUUUAGUAGAUUUGUUAUUAUACAUUAAUCUAUGGAGAGUCUUGUGGUUGAAUUUGAUCAUGGAAGCUUUAUGUUUGCAACUGAAUCAACUUUUAGAACAAGUGAUGUUGAAGUCAAUGGAGAUUGGUUAAUCUGAAUUGUUGAUUGGUGGAUAGUUAUGGUGGAA